CACACAGAGACACACAGACACACACACACAGACACAUACAGACGAGCCAAUCAGGCGAGCGGGAGCACCAGACACGUAUGAGCUGAGCGCACGGAGCGGAGAAGCGCCUGGCACACCGGAGCGCAGCCAGAGGCACCAAACCGCUGCCUGUCAUUAGCUGAGAGUGUGACAGAGGAGUGACAGAGGGGCGAGAGGAGAAGGAGGGAGGAGUGAACGGUCCCGGUAAACAGACACACCGGCCUCAGGGGACAGAAGAAGAAGAAGAGCACCGGACACCGAGAGGGAGUGUGUGCGUGAGUGUGUGUGUGUGAGAGAGAGAGAGAGAGAGAGAGAGGGAGAGAGUGGGAGACUGACAGGCGUUAACCGAAAGACGAACCGAAGCGUCGACAUGAGCGGCCAGUUUGAGGAAGAUAUCCACGACCGGGGCGAGAGGAAGAGCAGUAAAUCCCCGACGCUGCUCUCCUCUUACUGCAUAGACAGCAUUCUGGGCCGCCGGAGUCCCUGUAAGGUCAGACUUAUCGGGGCGCAAAGUUUGACCGGUGUUCCCGGCAGAGGAGAGCUCGACAAGACGGCUGACGGGCCAACGAAGGAAGCCCUCUCUCUCAGCGCUGACAUGCACCUGCCUCCUAAACUCCGCCGGCUGUACGGACCUGGAGGAAAGUACCUCCACGACCACGCGGAGAAGAUGGAAAGAGAGAGGCUGCUCCUGGAGCAAGCCAGCGACAGCCUCAAAAUCAGCCAGGCGCCGCAGGUGAGCAUCAGCCGCAGCAAGUCCUACCGGGAGAACGCGUCGCUGAGCCGGGGAGAGGGCGACCAGAGCCCGGGGGAGACCUCGGAGGACGGCAGCCUGGGUCUGGUGGAGCUCGGCCCGCUGAAGUUCGAGGAGGACGCCGGGAAGGAGGAGGAGAGCUGCGGGGACGCGGCCACGCUGUCGCCGAAGGACGAGGAGAGGGAGAGCUUGAACGCCGGGGAUGGGGACGUGAGGGACGGGGAGGACAGCGUGUGUCUGUCGGCGGGCAGUGACUCGGAGGAGGGGAUGCUGAAAAGGAAGCAGAGAAGAUACAGGACUACGUUCACCAGUUACCAGCUGGAGGAGCUGGAGAGGGCUUUCCAGAAGACGCACUACCCCGACGUCUUCACCAGAGAAGAACUCGCGAUGCGCCUGGAUCUCACCGAGGCCCGCGUUCAAGUGUGGUUCCAGAACCGCAGGGCCAAGUGGAGGAAGCGUGAGAAGGCCGGGGUCCAGGCCCACCCGUCAGGCCUGCCGUUCCCAGGCCCCUUAGCGGCAGGCCACCCCCUCAGCCACUACCUGGAGGGAGGCCCCUUCCCUCCUCACCCGCACCCGGCCCUGGAGUCCGCGUGGACGGCGGCUGCGGCCGCGGCAGCGGCUUUCCCCGGCCUGGCCCCACCUCCUCACAACGGCUCUGCCCCGCCGCUGGCCACCCCGCUCGGCCUGGGCACCUUCCUGGGGACGGCCGCCAUGUUCCGCCACCCCGCCUUCAUCGGACCCACCUUUGGCAGGCUCUUCUCCAGCAUGGGUCCCCUGACCAGCGCUUCCACUGCCGCCGCUCUCCUCCGCCAGCCCGCGCCCCCCGUGGAGAACCCGUCCCACGCAGGCCCCAUCCUCCCCGACCCGUCCUCCUCCUCCGCCUCCUCCUCCACCUCCUCUUCCUCCUCCUCUUCUUCUUCUUCAGCCGCGGCGGACCGCAGGGCCUCCAGCAUCGCCGCGCUGCGCCUCAAGGCCAAGGAACACUCGGCUCAGCUCACCCAGCUUAACAUCCUGCCCACCGGAGCCGCAGGGAAGGAGGUGUGCUGAACACUUAACACCAGCUCUAGGCCCCCCCACCCCACCACCAAACCCCCCACCCUUGUCACCCACCCCUGUCCCAGGCUUAUGCCCCAUUCCAUGACACCAACGCCACCCUCCCUCCAGAAAUACCCAUUCAUACCUCUGGAAGCUGAUGUCCUGAUAUACUCCCCCCUCCCUCCCCUUCCUUCUCUCCUCAUUCAACCAUCCCCUGUUACCUCAUGUACCCCCCCACCACCCCCCCCACCCCAACAAAAUAGCACGACCAAAUUCAAAAGAGCACUGCUUGGGAAAAAAAAAGUGUGUGUGUGUGUUUGUUGUGUCAAUUAAAUGUUGUUUUACUCCACACGUUCAUGAAAAACAGCAUUUCAGAUUAAAUAAUUCUAAUAUUUUAUGAUGCACCAUUAAAGAUGUAUAUUUAUAAUAUCUCUUGAUACGUUUUUUUCCCCGAUUAAUGAACCCCCCCAUUUAUAAUUUAUAAUUUAACACAUAUCUGUCUGCGUGCACCGGGUGCAAACCUGUCGACGCACAAAUGCUGCAUUUAAAUUAGAAUUUUUAGCCUGAAAUUUGCACCAUUACAUUUUCAGGUGAUACUUUAUUGUCACCAGUUAGUCCAAAAAAAUGUUUUUUAAAAAAAAAAUCAAAAAAAAGAGCUUAUAGUGUACACAGACACUACAUUUAUACUAAGAGUAUACUGUAUUUAUAAUUAAUUGUAAAGGUAUCUCCCUAAUUGGAUUUUUUAUUUUUUUUUUUUUAGUAAAAUCCUCUCGUGCUGCUUUUCAGUUUUAUUUAAUUUUACUUUCUAGUGUGGAGUCUGUGCACACACACACACACACACACAAACACACUCACACACUCUGUGAGCUGAAGAACCAGAGGGGAAGCCAGACUUUUUUCUUUUUUUUUGGGAGAAAGGAUUCUACUUCAAAUGUGGACAAGACGAGUGCUCGACUUUAACUCUGCUUAAUCUGUAUGCAUUGAUGUGGGCCGAACAGGUCUGCAUCUAUGACAAAGGCAAGUUGGAGGAGGUCCCCACCCACUCCCCCCCACCCACACCCACCCACCAAACCCACCACCCCCCCUGAACCAAAGGAAAACUGUCCAUAGACCUUCCAUAGCCUUCUCUACAAGCCUCUCCACGGCUCACAUGUCCAGCUGUCACACUCUCUGCGGAGUCACAACACUAUAAAUAUAUAUAGAAAUAUAUUUUAAAUUCUCUGAAUCUCAAACUGGAGUUAUUUAAUUUCCCUCAAACCUGAUCUCUUUUAUUAUUAUAGCAGCAGAAACAGCAGCAGCAUCAGAGUGUGACCGCGGGACAUGUGAGCAACACAGAGAUGUGAGACGUGUCUCUAAUGACUGUGUGAAAGGAAACUGUACAUACUGUGUAAAAAGAAUGAGAGGGAAGGGGAGGGAGGGGGGGGGUGAUUUGGGUGGGAGAUGGGGUGGGUGUGGGGGGGUGUACAUGAGGGGGAGAAAAAAGAAAAAAAAAAGAAGAAGGAUGAUUUUCAAAGCGGGGUCGUGUAUAUUUCAAGAGGCCUGCGUUUUGAUCCUUUGCACUCGGUGUAGUGUUUAAUGAAUGUCGCCCCUGAUGUGUAGAGAAUUUCACCUGUGUUUAUGAAUUACUAGGUUUUUAGAUCAUUAUUUAUGUCCCGGCAGAAAUGAGUGAAGGAAGUUUUUUGUUUGUUUGUUUUUCAUUUCUUAUUAAGUGAUUGUAAGUUUCCUGGUUUAAUAAUGCUAAUUUGAAUAAAUUACACUGGUUAAA